CAACUCUAUUGUGCUGGUGAUAGAAUGCACCAAAUGCUAACACUACCAUAACAGGGGAAUCAUGUGAAUUAAUCUGCAUGGGUCCGGCCAUGGGCCUCACCAUACCUCCCCACGUCCCCAUCAUAACACACAGUUUAUGCUCCAAUAAUAUGAGCCCCUAUCAUUCUAUCAAACAACAAGCAUCAUAAAUAUAUGGAGGCCGCCAAGCUCAUCUCCGUGUCAUUAAUCAUUACUUCCUCCUCCCUUCCUCCUCUCCCUCCCGCGAUGAUCUCGUCAUCAUCUCCUUCCUCUUCUUCAGCGUCCGGUUCACGGAAAAAACCGCGGCCCGGUCCGACCCCCCAGCCCCAGACCAAGUGGCGGACGGGCGCCCAGGAGCGGAUCUACGGGCGCCGCCUCCUCGACGCCCUCCGCUCCGCCCGCGUCUCCGCCGCCGCCGGCGGGGCCCGGGCCGUCAAGGAGGCGGCCGACUCCGCCCUCGCCCUCACCGCCCGGGGACAGUCCCGGUGGAGCCGGGCCAUCCUCUUCGGUCGCUGCCGCCGUCGCAAGCUCCUCCUCAAGGCCGGCGGCAAGGUCCGAAGUCGUCGGCAGCCGCGACCGGUCAGGAAGGCCGCAUCGCCGGCGCCUCCGCCGCCGGCGCUGAAGGGAAAGAAGGUGAGGGACCGGUUCCGCGUGCUGGCCCGCCUGGUUCCUGGGUGCCGGAAGCUGUCGGCUCCGAGCCUGCUGGAGGAGACGGCCGACUACGUGGCGGCGCUGGAGAUGCAGGUCAAGGCGAUGCGCGUCCUCGCCGACGCCCUCUCAGCGGCUGCACUCUCCUCUCCGCGGCCGCCCCCCGCUACCCCCGAACCGGAGAAUUGAGGGCCGGCCGGCCGGCCGGCCGGCGGGCUUCGCUUUGGAUUCUAAUUAUUAUUGAAUAAUAAAAUGAAGAAGAAGAAGUAGAUAUGUUGGGGGGAGUAGAAUUUAUGGAGAUAUUUUUGUUGGGUUUGUUUUUGUAAAUUCUCAGAUACUUGUAUAUGCUGCAUGCUGCUGUCUGAUUGUUCCUUCUAACAACAAGAUGAGAAUUUAUAUUUUAUGCUC